UCUUGAAUUUUUUGACAUGAAUAGAAGUCCGUUUUGAUGAUAAAAAAAAGGAUUUUAUAUUUUUUUUUUAAAUCGGGGAGACUCUUCCAGAAAAGAAAAAACUAUCAAAGCCACUGUGCUCAUAAACCCUACACUCUCCGCGCCAACAGUUUCAGAUCGAUCAGGGCAGCUAGCUGAUAGACGAUAGGCCAUGAAGGUGGUGGCUUUAGUUAGCGGCGGAAAAGACAGCUGCUAUGCCAUGAUGAAAUGCAUACAGUAUGGUCACGAGAUAGUUGCGUUGGCAAAUUUAAUGCCUACGGAUGAUGUACAGGAUGAGCUCGACAGCUACAUGUAUCAAACUGUCGGGCACCAGGUAGUUGUCAGCUAUGCAACAUGCAUGGGAAAGCCAUUGUUCCGAAGGAGAAUAAAAGGAUCCACAAGGAAUAAUGGCCUUAGCUACAAUUUGACUCCUGGUGAUGAAGUUGAGGACAUGUUCAUCCUGUUGAGUGAAGUAAAAAGACAAAUACCUGCUGUCUCAGCAGUGUGUUGUGGUGCAAUUGCAUCUGACUACCAGAGGCUCCGAGUUGAAAGUGUAUGCUCAAGGUUAGGACUUGUUUCGUUGGCAUAUUUAUGGAAGCAAGAUCAAACAAUACUUCUCCAGGAAAUGAUAAAAAAUGGUAUUUCUGCAAUAAUUGUCAAGGUUGCAGCUAUUGGGUUAGACCCCUCAAAGCACUUGGGGAAAGAAAUAGCAUACCUGGAAUCCAAUUUUCACAAUCUGAAAGAGCUCUAUGGAGUAAAUGUUUGCGGUGAAGGUGGAGAAUAUGAAACAUUGACUCUUGAUUGCCCCCUCUUCAAGAAUGCUAGAAUUGUGCUUGAUGAAUUUAAAGUUAUUUUGCAUUCUUCAGACUCCAUAGCUCCCGUUGGGGUUCUUCAUCCGCUUUCAUUUCACUUGGAAAAGAAGACAAAUUCAGUAUCUUCAAGUGAGUCUAUUGGAGACACUAGUCUUUGUACCGGAGAUAUCAACACAGUGUAUGAAAUAGCAGAUGAACUCCAACCAAAUUGUGUAGCUACUAGUGAACUCAUUGACGUCACAACCAAAUCUGGUGCUGUGAUGGAGAAUCUCAAAUAUUCUAAUUCCCAAAAGGGUGAUAUAUAUUGUAUUUCGUGCUGCCUGCACCAAUCUGAAACUUCAGCAAAUUUGCUGGUGGAUCUGGAGGUUGUUCUGAUGAAAAUUGAAACACAACUAGCUGAACAUGGUUCUUCAUGGGAGAAUGUACUUUACGUCCAUCUGUACAUUGCUGAUAUGAAUGAGUUUUGUUCAGCAAACGAAACAUAUGUGAGAUUCAUUACUCAAGAAAAGUGUCGUUACGGUGUACCUUCGAGGUCCACUGUCGAACUUCCUUUGCUGCAAGUUGGUUUAGGGGGAGCAUAUAUGGAAGUCCUGGUGGCAAGAGAUCAUAGCAAACAGGUUUUGCAUGUACAAAGCAUAUCUUGCUGGGCGCCUAGUUGUAUUGGUCCAUACAGUCAGGCAACUUUGCACACAUAUAUACUCUACAUGGCCGGUCAAUUAGGGCUUGAUCCGCCAACAAUGUUACUUUGUAAAGGAGGGCCUACUGUAGAGCUUCAGCAAGCACUAGAAAACAGUGAAGCAAUAGCAAGAAACUUCAACUGCUCAAUAUCAACAUCAGCCAUAUAUUUCACCAUCUACUGCUCAGCUUGCAUUGAAGAAUCAGACAGAACUGAUAUUGAGAAUGAGAUGAUAAGAAUUCUUAGAGAAAUGAAGUUGGGGCAGCUGGUUUCUUCAAUAAUUUCGGAAGCCUUGCUCCCCAUUUUCCUUUAUGUCCUUGUUCCCAAUCUUCCAAAAAGAGCUCUGGUAGAAGUGAAGCCGAUGCUUUACCUGGCAGCAGAACGUACACAAGCUUCACCUAAGGAACAUUCGAAAGAUCCACCCAUUAUGCAAGAUUGCUGGGGGUUUCAGUAUGAAACAUGGCAUGAUAAAUGCCUUCAGAAAUGUAGCAUUGGAGGAGAAAUGUGUGCUGCUGUUCUGUCUGUUACAGAAGAACUUGCUCAAACUAUCUGUUUGAAGUCCAUACCUAAAAUCGGCUGUGAUACGGGCUUUACAGUCCUUUUAAAUGAAGAUCAAUUGUUGAGAGUUGCACAGUUUUGCAUCUAUCGCCUUGAUAAAAUUCUCUUGGAAGAUGCUCUUUCUUGGGAUGACAUGUUGAGUUUCAGAAUAUACUUUGCAACAAAUCUAAACAUCUCACACGGAACCGUCUUUCAGAUAUUUGCGUCUGUAUUUAGUGACUUGGCCCGAACAUGGCAGGGAAAUAGGAUCUCGAGUGAACCCAUCUUCAGUGUUGUUCCUGUGGUAGGUAUUGGAAGCUCUGCGUCCUCCAUGGAUGAUUUAAUCAGUUGUGAGCUCAUUUCCAGAAAACUCUAGAGGUCUACCUUGUAUUUUCAUCCUAUUCAAUUGUACUUGAUAUACGUAUACUAAGGUAAUUUAUGAUUCAGACUAAGUGUCCCGUCUGGUAAGCCUUAUUUUUGGCAUGGGUUAAGAAACAAACUCUUAUCACCGCAUUGGGUGUGCAUAGAGUUGUAAACAAAUCUAAUAAGUUCAAAUGUUUUUAUUUUAGUGGGAAUUUGAUCAAUUUACACAACAUUUAAUUGUAUUUACAUAAAAUUCGAACUUUAAGUAUUUAUAUUUGAUUUGGCUACUUAUU